AUGCAACAUUCGAAAGAUUCAUCAGAAAUCUGGUGUCAGAAGAGUGAACUCCUGAAAAUGUAUGGGGAUCUCAACGUCACUCUCAGCAGCGCAAAUACUUUUUCUCAUGCUAGGAGGAUCGUCAAAUUCAGCGAUUAUGUCGACCAAUAUUUGAACCAACACACUUUGGAUCAAGUCGCGAAUGAAACCUGGUAUUUGUUUGGAGACAACAAUCAUUCAGAAUGGAAAGAAAUCUUUCAAAGUUACAUUGAGCAAGACUUCUUUUAUGACCAUGAGCGCUUGAAUGGACGUGAAUCAUCCUUGAGCUUUGGGAUCGGAGGAAGCGGGUCUGGCGUUCCGUUCCACGUGCAUGGACCAGGGUUCAGCGAGGUUCUGUGGGGACGCAAGCGAUGGUUCCUCAUGCCCAAGGGUGUUCAACCGGACUUUGACCCAGACGAGACGACGCUUGUGUGGCUUCGUACAAGGUACAACUCAAUGCUUCAGGCUGAAGGAGGACAUGACCUUCUUGAGUGCACAAUUGAACCGGGAGAGCUGCUCUACUUCCCGGACAACUGGUUUCAUGCGACGCUGAACAUUGGUCAGUCUGUGUUCAUGAGCACGUUUGUGUAA